UAUCUGGUCAAUAUAAAAUAUUAUCUGUGUUCUAGCAGAUGUCUCUUUCGAAUGAGUGUGAAAUCAAAGACGGCUUAGAAACGUUGGUGGAAUCACAGGCUAUAGGAGAGUUAGCUAAUCUAGCGGUAAACAAUGUGCUCUAAAGUUCGUGGCUAGCUACAUUUCUGUAUUUUGAAGAAUUUUCGAUUUAACCAGUGGUGUCACGUAUCUUAGGCAUCCUGGCCGGGUGUUCAAACUAGAAUGGGUCGAAAAGUAGCGGACUAGCUAGCUAAUGUAGACUGAUUUGCCAGCUACUAGUUAACCCUAGCGGCUAAAUUAUGGACAAAGCUUUCCCUGCAAAAAAAGUAUUUAGCUCGCUAGAUGGCUGCAAGAAGCAGUUUUGUUUUAGAAAGAUGGGUUAGCAGCGUGUGUUGUUGUUAGCUAGCAGUGGCCCUUACACCAAAGAUGGUCUCAUUAGCUUAUCUGUGUUUAUACUGUUUGUUCCAACGCGCUUCACCCAUCGUUAUCGACACCAAUUGACGAGGAUGUGCAACUGCACUGUAGUACUCACGAACUUCGGACCUGCGCAGGGCCGUUCGCAGUGUUUUGGUCUUCAAUAGCUUCAUAAACUCCGCACAUUAUUACAAUUUCUCUUUUUAAAAUGUGAUUUUAAACCUAACCAUAAGCACACUGCUAACCGUAUACGUUGUUUUUGUUAUUGCAUUUUUUGCUAUUUUGUGGCUGUGGAAUCUGACUUGUUGCUAGAAGCUAGUGGAAACCUAGCUAGUAACGUUACUUCCGUGGGACGACAGAGUUCGCAAUACUUCCGUGUAGCCAUGGCCGAUUCUGUUGCAGUAGAGGACCCGAAAUUCACUUUACAAGAGGUUCUUGACACCUUUAAGUCAUGCCUAUCUGAAAACAAAGAAGUAUUCCUCGAACAUUAUGUAGCAGGAUGGCUUGGUCUUGUAAGAUUCAUGAACAGCCUGGGGAGUGUGUUCUCCUUCAUCGCCAAGGAUGCUGUCAACAAGAUCCAAAUCCUGAUCAACCAUCUGAACGGUGAGAAUGGGGCCCACUACGUCACUGUCCAGUCUAUGGUCAAAUACGAACUGGACAACCAAAUGGUGGACCUGACUAAGAGAGGCAGCUUCCCCGAGUCCGGCUGCCGCACCCUUCUGAGGCUGCACCGUGCCCUGCGCUGGCUGGAGCUAUUUCUCGAACGGCUGCGCACCAGCACUGAGGAAAGCAAGACCUCUGUCAUGUGCUCUGAGGCCUAUAAUGAGUCCCUCUCCCAACACCAUGCAUGGAUCAUCCGCAAGGCUGCUGGUACAGCUUUCUGGGCUCUCCCAGGGCGUGCUACGUUCUUUGAUGUGAUGAAUGUAGGUACCCCAGAGCAGGUAGUGGCCAUGCUAGGGGAUGCCCUGCCGCUCAUCUCUGAGGUGUACCAAGUGACAGAGGACCUCUAUGCCCAGAACAAUAUAUUGGACUUGCCCUAGUAGGCAGGAAGUAAUGUAGUAGUAGUUGCCUGGUGGUCCCAGAUCUGUGUGUGUCAUCUUGCCAACUCCAAUGGAAUUGUUUAUAAGAGUUGUCAAGACAGCAUAAAUAGAUUGGAGACCACCAGGCUACUGUAGGCCUCGUAGUCCAACCAGCACAUCAAUGCUGGCAAGCUGUGCUGCUCCUUAUUGUUUCUUGGUGACAAUUUCUGGUGUAUAGAGAUGGGUGUAUUAAUGUAUGUACAUUACAUUAUUAUGUAAUAAGGCAGCAUUACACAUGUAUUUAUUUCUAAUUAGAAUUGUGAAAUGGGAUUUCUAUGGCAUUUAGUGCUGUUUUUGUGCAACUCAUCUCUUUGCAUUUCAGUCUCUCCUUAAUUUGUUUAAGCAUGCAUCAGUUUUUAGCGCUCAAAGUAGGUUUUGUAUUACAGGAAGAGUAUGUAUUCAUUGCAAAUGCAAUAGCAUAUUUUUAGGUUGUAUGUCGGUCUUGUCUAAUCUAAAGAUAUACAUGUCCAUAAUUGUCGCCCCACAAUGAAAUUGGGAAGGGGACGGUGGAUCUGUCUCUGUCCAUUAGUACGUUUGUUCGUCACACGUGAUAUCUCGGACCGCACUGGCCCAAUUUGGACAAAUCGACAGCAAUUUUGUGGAAUGAUGCGUCUUGCCAUAGAAAUCAGGCAUUUACAAAAUUACACUGAUUAUCCAGAUGGCGUGUGACAAAGGAACUGCAGCCCAUUGUUCAAAUGGGUUAAAUGGAAACUGAAAACCUGAGACUGACUGUAGGUCUGUAACCUUUCAUGUAGUCUUAAUAUUAACUCCUGCAGAAUUAAGCAUUUUUUGAAGUAAACUGAUACACCAAGUGUAAACUUUGACUCGGGAACAGGAGUGGAGAAAUAUGAUUGGUUUAGUUCAGUGUCUUGAGAGAAUGCAAAUGUGAAGUCUGUAGAGGUGCCAUCUUUAUCAGCAUCAUAAAAGCUGAUGGAUGUAUAUUUUAUGUGGUUGAAAUACUAAGUCGAAUGGAAAUCUUAUCAGAAACAUGUUGGGUUGUUUUCACAGCUUUCUAUUUCCUUACAACUGGUUAAACUGAUGUCAUUUGGACAUUCUGCACAGUAAAUCUUUCCCAUUUU